AAGCCAAAAACCUAAACCCCAAAACCCUCCGAAACCAGCAAGGCUACCGAAACUCCGAGCAAAUGAGCUCCCAUUCGGAUCCACCUCCUACAUUCCGGUAACACUCAUCUCCUUGCAACUUUCAUUCCCUCUUACAAGCUCAUCUCUGGCGUUUCCUUCGUUCAUAUUCUUCAGCAAUGCAAGAAUACCUAUGCAAACAACGAUAGCUAUAUAGGUUUUCCCAUUGCUACUUUGAUCAGAUAUUAACUUCGUUUUCUUCCGUUUUUGGGUGUAUAUUUCUGGGCUUUUCAAUUUCUUACAUGGGUGAGUAUUAUCUCAAGUUAGUGCCUAGAAUCUUGGUUUCAGCAUCUGGGUAUGUUUCGAUUUGAGCAAAAUAUUGAUAUUUUAUUUAUUUUUGGGAGUUAAUGAUUCUAGGAUUUCUAAUUUGUUAUGUGGGUAUUGGAUAUUUCAUGAGUAUUGCAUAGAAUCUUGAUUUGGAUGGAUGGGUAUGUUUCAACCUGAGGAGAUAUAUAGAAUAUGCUCUCUCUGCGAUAUUUUCGCAGAUUUUGUCACACUGUAGCCCCCAUUGCAUCAACAGAUACUCCUGCAGCUGUUUCGAAUUGCAUUCAAAAUCUGAAACCAUUGGAAGAACCUGCCCUUUUGAAGCUUAAGAACGAGCGGGACCCUGAGAGGCUGUUCCAUUUAUUUAAGGCCAAUGCACACAAUCGACUUGUAAUUGAGAACCGUUUUACAUUUGAAGACACAGUGUCUAGGCUAGCUGGUGCAGGCCGCUUUGAUUACAUUGAGCAUUUGCUUGAGCAUCAGAAGACUCUUCCGCAGGGUCGCCGUGAAGGGUUCAUUGUGAGGAUUAUAAUGUUGUAUGGUAAGGCUGGGAUGACUAAACAUGCUAUUGAUACUUUUUAUGAUAUGCAUUUGUAUGGGUGUCGAAGGACUGUUAAAUCCUUCAAUGCUGCACUUAAGGUUUUGACGAGUACACGUGAUUUAGGAGCAAUUGAAGAAUUUAUUUAUAAUGUUCCCGAGAGGUUUUUUGUUGAAUUGGACAUUUUUUCAGUUAAUAUCAUUAUAAAGGCUUUCUGUGACAUGUAUGUUUUGGAUAAAGCGUAUUUAGUCAUGUUAGAGAUGGAAAAGUUGGGAAUAAAGCCGGAUGUGGUUACCUACACAACUCUUAUUUCGUCAUUCUAUAAGGAUAACCGGUGGGAGAUUGGCAAUGGGUUGUGGAAUCUUAUGGUGCUGAGGGGGUGUUUACCAAAUCUUGCAACAUUUAAUGUUAGGAUCCAGUAUUUAGUUAAUAGGAGGCGAGCAUGGCAAGCUAAUAGUUUGAUGGACAUGAUGCAGAAGCUUGGGAUUACACCUGAUGAGGUUACCUAUAAUUUGGUGAUCAAAGGGUUUUGCCAAGCUGGGUAUCUUGAAAUGGCCAAAAGGGUCUAUUCUGCUUUACAUGCCAAGGGGUACAAGCCCAAUAUGAAAAUUUACCAGACCAUGAUUCAUUAUCUCUGUAAGGGAGGGGAUUUUGAUUUGGCAUAUACGAUGUGUAAAGACUGCAUGAGAAAGAAUUGGUUUCCAAGUGUUGAUACCAUUCAUACGUUGCUUGAAGGCCUUAAGAACAAUGGACAGAUUGGUAAGGCUAAGGUCAUCCUGACAUUGGCUCAGAGCAGGGUGCCUCCUUUUUCUUCAAGCCAAUUGGGUACUUUAAAGUCCAUAUUGUCCAGGAAUGGAAUAAGAUGAUGGACUUCCUGAGGGCGCUACUUUUUCCAAAUGAAUAAGCGGCCAUUAAUUUUUUGAUUAAUGUAACAGGACGAUCAGCAGGAGCUGAUAUUCUUUGUACAUAAAUUUACAAAGCUAAUUGGACAUGGAUUUUUAAUGGGUUUACAUCAUACCAAAGCCAUAUGUUCUUGUAAUUUGUUGCAACUUCUCAAUAAAGUUCGUGAUGAAAUAGGAGUUCUGAAUGGACAGUUCUCUCCCAAGUUUUUUCUUUGGUGGUGAAGAAGAGAGUGGUCUAUGAAAGAAGGAAAUUCAUCCUAGUUCGAUAUAAAUCGAAUAAUAAGAUCUUGCAGCUCGUAGCCGGACCUGAACGAAUCCGGAGUUUAGCAAGAGGGACAUUUGAUUGUGAACUGCAGUUACAUGAAAAGAGUGAUAAUGACUCCAUGAUCUUCUGUUGCACUAUUGGCUGUGAGGAAGUUUUGGACUCUUAAUUUCUCAUUACUUUGGGUGGAUUGGUGAUAUCUGGAUCACAAAUUGAGUUGUACAAUUGUUUGCAUGGGUAGUUUUUUGGCAAGGAGAAGGCCAGCUGGCUGGAAAGUUGUUCCAUCGUGCUUAAACAUGCUGCAUUUGGUGGAAAGGAACAACUGAAGUUCAGAGAAGUUUGGUUCAUAAUAUUGGGUGGAGCUUGUCGUUAAGAGUGCUCAGAUUGGACUUGGGAUUUUUCCUUUUCGGAUUACUUGGAUAUUUUGUAAUCUGAGACUUGAGUAGCUGUAAUUGGCCUUAUCUUUGUGUGCUUCUUAUGGAAUAGAUAUUUGUAAAA